AUCAAAUAUCGAUAAAUUUAAUAUGGUGUUCAAUGUAUCUACUUUAUGGUAACUCUCGAUGCUCAAUUUUGGAUGCACAAUACUUAACCACAAUGUCAUUCCAACAAAAUAGAGUAGAAGGUAGAGAUAAAAUCAACUAAAUAGGUGGUUUCUCAACCAAAAAAAAAAACUAAAUAGGUUAUUCUUGUCAUUACUGUUUAAAUAAUUAUUAUUUUCUUUACAUAUUUUGUCAAAAUCGGCACAAAUCGAUAUCCGAUCUUAUUUACAGAUCUGCCAUUUCACUUCUAUCCUGCAAAAUAUCAAUCGCGCGUGCAACACACUGUAAUAGUAAAGGAAGGUGAGAGCUGGAAAUUUUAUUGAUCAAUUCUUCCACCAAAAAGAAAGGAAAAAAAACACACAGCACCCUCCCUCGCGUUUCCGCCACCGCCCGUCGGCAGAGUCGGUUCUUCCACCGAAAUGCACAACAGAAUGCCAAAUCCGACCCAGUUGAAGCCGGUGGGUUGGGGGACAUCGACGGGCAACGAGAAGGUUCCGAACUAUAAAUUUUGUCCGCCGAACGCGGCCCGGAAAAGGUUUCGAAGAGCGCGGAAGGUCAGUUCGGGGAAUACUUUGGAGAAGAGGGGAAAGGCCGAGAAGAAACCAGCGCAGUUGGAAGAAAGGUGGUGUGGUUGUCGAUUGCGCAAGUGUUGACUGCGAUUUCUCAGACUCAGAAAUCUGUUCUGAGUGUAGCCUACAAGAACAAGAAGUUCUUGCCUCUCGAUCUUCGUCCCAAGAAGGCCAGAGCCAUUAGGAGGAGGCUUAGCAAGCAUCAGGUACUUCUUUUGAUUCUACACAUUUCGACCAUUGUGAUUAUGCAAUUUGAGUUGCAAUCAACUGGGAUCCCUUGUUGAACCGUGGGUUUGGCUAGCAUCAUCACCUGCGAUUUACUGUAUGAAUCUGAAAUAUUGGUUGCCUGAUAAAAAAUCUGUGAUUUCUGAUAUUUCUCGAUCUCUUGUUUUCCAUUCCAUCCAUUUGCCAUAUAUUCUUUCUUUAUGAUGUAGGUUUUCUGUUUUAGAUCGCGAUUUCUCUUAUGCUCUUUGCUGUUCCUGUAUUUACUUUGUUUUCAUGGAUUCUUUGUGAUUUCUGUGUGGUUGCUACUACUUGGAAUGUGUAAUACUGCUCAGAUUGAUUUCGAAUUCCUUUUUCUAACAGAUGUUGAUUUUAAGUCUGAUUGUUGUUAUUGGCAAAUUUGUGUUGCAGUAGGGUUUAUAUCGGGAACUAUGGAGUUCAUAACAGGUAUAUAUCUAUUUUAUAAUUCUCUAUGCUAGUUUGACUAGAGCUUCUGAUUGAAGCUGUGGAAGAAGUUGGAAUAGGGAAGUGGGAGCUGGUGAAGGAAAGGAAGAACCUGUUUCGUAGUUUCUGCUAUUAAAUGUCAAUGGGAAACUCUUGUAUCGAUUGACAAGGGCGAAAGCUGGCUACUUGGAGCUCUUAACAUUUGAGCAAUUGGGUCGUGUCAGGGCAGCCAACGUUGUGAAGUAGGUUGGUUGCUGCUGUAUUUUGUCUUCUUUCUUAUCCAGGUAUAUCUUUCAGGUUUUGCUUCUUUUUCUUUUUCUAUUUAGAUUUGGUGUUUUUUCCAAACCAUUAUUACUGGCUGUGCUUUCCUUAAAUGUUUGUAACACCUGAACCUUUACAGGUAGCAGUAGGGAGACAGAGGAGAGCCUGCGGAGUGGAGUCUUUGGAAGCUGCAAGUGCUGGAAGGAACAUUGUGGAGAGGAUGGGAUGGGAAGCUAUAGUUGAUUUUCUUUUCUUGUGCAUGAGAUUGUAGUGAAGAGGUUUAGCUUGUUUGUGUGGGGUUUUGGGAGAGGCUGUUCUGUAUAGAUUUGGUAUAUUCCAAACCUUUAAGACAGGUUUUGUUGCUUUUCUCAGUGGUUUGAAGUACCUGCAACUUCAAAUUCCUGUUUACAGGAAUUCAGAUCGUACAUUCUAUCCCUUGUAUAAACUUCUUUUCAGAGUUUUGUGCUACUUACUAAUCUGCAUUUCAGUAGAGCCAACUGGUUAUUUCUUGGUUCAUCUCAGUGCUAUGCUUUAAUUUUUACUUUUUAUUCCCCUUGUUUCUCAUCUUGCUGAAUGGUGUAGUGGUAACUGGUAACACUUGCUGUAGGUGAUGUAAAGAUUUAAGUGGAGGGGUCUCGUUGUUGGCCUGAAUAUGGUUCUGGUGGUUUUUCUGGGAUACCUUUUGGUUUGUUGGCCUGAAUAUGGUUUUGGUUUACCAUUAUAAAAACUAGAUUAGUGG